GGAGAGGAGGACAUCUCCAGGCAGCUUUCGUUUCUCCAGAGGAACCUGAACGCAGCGCACAGAGCGAUGAAUCCAGGGUUGAACAGGACGCUGAAAACAAAAAAUGGACACUGAUGGAAAAUAAUCCACCGAGGCUGACUACAGCCUGACGUGUCCAUCAGAAAGAGACUGGUCUCGUCAACACAGGCUGUCUGUGUGAGGCCUGUGAUCGGCACACCUCAAAGAACCUAAGGGGAGAAACAAAUAAAGAGGCUGAAGGGUCAGAACCAUGGAGACUCGCAUUGGUAACAUCGUGUUCAGCUCCAAGUUUGACUCGGGGAACCUGGCACGUGUGGAGAAGCUGGAGAAGGGCGGCUCCAGCCCCGCCUCUGACACAACUUCCAGUGGGAGUGCCCCCUCAGGAUCAACCCUCUCCCCCGAUUAUGAGUUCAAUGUGUGGACGCAGCCUGACUGCGCCGGCACAGAACAUGAGAACGGAAACAGGUCAUGGUUCUACUUCAGCGUGCGUGGCACCGCACCUGGGAAGAUACUGAAGAUCAAUGUGAUGAACAUGAACAACCAGAGGAAGCUCUACAGCCAGGGCAUGGCUCCUCUUGUACGCACUUUACCUGGCAAGAACCGGUGGGAAAGGAUCCGAGAAAGACCCACAACAGAGAUUAUAGAUAACCAGUUUAUCCUCUCAUUCAUUCACCGGCUGUCAGAGGUGCGAGGGGCUACCACCUACUUCUCCUUCUGCUUUCCAUUCUCCUACACUGAGUGUCAGGAGAUGCUGCAGCAGUUGGAUGUGAGCCACCCCAAUGCUGCUCAUCUCAAUCCAAGCAGUGCACCGGCCAGUGUGUACUAUCAUCGGGAGUUGCUGUGCCACUCUCUAGAUGGCAACAGGGUGGACCUGCUCACUGUGACCAACUGCAGCGGGAUGCAGGAGGAGCGAGAGCCCCGUCUGUCGAAGCUGUUCCCCGACACCAACACUCCAAGACCACAUCGCUUCCCCAACAAAAGGGUGUUUUUCCUCAGCAGUCGGGUGCACCCAGGGGAGACUCCCUCAUCCUUUGUGUUUAACGGUUUCUUGAACUUUAUUCUAAGAAGAGACGACCCACGUGCUCAUGCACUUCGAAGCAUGUUUGUGUUCAAGCUCAUUCCCAUGCUCAACCCAGACGGGGUUGUCCGCGGACACUAUAGGACUGAUUCCAGAGGAGUGAACUUGAACAGACAAUACCUGAAUCCCAUCCCUGAGCUGCACCCAUCCAUCUACGCAGCCAAAACACUGUUGCUCCACCACCACACGCACAACCGCUUGCACAAAACGCAGUGCGGCUCGCACAACAACAACGCUACGAACACACACACCUCUCCCCUCAACACCAAACCCUCCAAUCAACACCCAGCCCCUCCCCCCACCGCUCUUGAAAGCAGCUUGAACCAACGAGUUGCUGAGAAAGAUGCAAAUCCUGCGCAGCCGGAAGUUCCCAUGGUGACGGAGGAAAACGUCUGGGUGAACACGGAGACGGGGAAAGAAGAGCCGAAGAGCUCCUCAGACACUGUAGCCUCUGUUACUGGAGAAGAAGCAGUCCCCUUGGUGAAGGAGCAGGAAUCGGUUCCACCCCAGGAGGGAGGUGUGGCAUAUUAUGUGGACUUGCAUGGCCACGCCUCCAAACGCGGAUGUUUCAUGUAUGGGAACAGCCUUCCUGAUGAGAGCCAGCAGGUAGAGAACAUGCUGUACCCGAGGCUGAUAGCUGUGAACUCUGCUCACUUUGAAUUCCUUGGUUGUAACUUCUCGGAGAAGAACAUGUACUCUCGGGACAAGAGAGAUGGGCAGUCUAAAGAAGGCAGCGGGCGGGUGGCCAUGCACAAGGCCAUAGGGCUGCUUCACAGCUACACUUUGGAGUGCAACUAUAACACGGGAAAAACCAUGAACACCAUCCCACCUGCUUGCCAUGACAACGGACGGGCAACCCCGCCCCCACCUCCAUCAUUUCCCCCGAAAUACACUCCGGAAAUAUUUGAACAGGUGGGGCGUGCCGUAGCCAUCUCAGCCCUGGACAUGGUUGAGUCUAACCCUUGGCCACGGCUGGUACUGUCAGAGCACAGCUGCCUGACAAAUCUCCGAGCCUGGAUCCUCAAGCACGUCCGCAACACCAAAGGCCUGAACACACACAGCCACGCCCACCCUCCAACCAGAAUACACCACAACGGCUGCAAGGCUUCACCGCCAAAGAGUUUCAACAACUGUCUGUCUGGCUCAGCAUCGGAGAACACCCUCAGCCGCGUCCGCUGCAACAGCCAGAGCAGCAGCAGCCAGACGCCCUCCCCCAAGAUGCACAACUCCCCGAGCUUUACUUUUGGCUGCCCUCCACCCCGAACUCACUCGCAGCACAACAGCACGCACACAAGCGGACGUGGAGGCAACAAGACACUGGGGCCAGUCCGGGAAACUAAGCCUCAGGAGAAGAGACGUCCCCCCCACCACCGCUCCAUCCUACGGUCUCCCAGCAACAGCCACGCACCCUCACGCCCCCCUAACUCACCCCCUUCCUCCUCCUCCUCCUCAUCUUCCUCAGUGUGUGCGGCGGGCUCCUGUCCCCUCCCGGCCUCCGUCAGUAUGACAGGCCUCAGCUGUUCAGACUCUCAGGCUGGUGGACCCGGUUCAGAGGGUUUGUCCAGAAUGCCUUUCCCCAUGCGUCUUGGCCGUGUGGGGAGAGGGUGCCGAACUCUAACGGCCACUCGUCAUUCCACAGAGGCCCGUCAAGAGGCUGCUAAAGACUCAGGACCUGAUCAUAUCCUGUCCUCUAUCAAAUUCAGCAAGUUGGAGCUGCAGCCUCAACUGAGCCGCGUCACCAUUCGGAGGAUGGGGUCGACUGACGUCCCUUCCCCCCCCAGCGACAGUAAAACAACCCCCGUUAGACAUAAUGCAUCCUCACCUGGACAAAAAGACGAGUCGGCCACCAUGAAAGUCUGGAAGCUGCUCAGACCAGGUCUCCAACGGCACCUGUCGCUGUCAGGUGUAUCAGGAAAAGACGGUGCCAUACAGCUGGCCUCGAAAGCCCUAAUGAUGAAGACCACCGACAGGAGUUUACACUACACAGGCAAUGCUGUCAUAGAAACUGCACCUGAGGAAGAUGAAAUAUUGAAACAGGUUGAGGAACCUCCAGUGAUGACCCUGCCUGAGCCUGUGAUCAUGGGUGACACAGUGACCCUGUGUGGAGAAGCUUAGGAACUGCACAGAAGAGGAGGAGGAGGCGCUUGUGUGUACUGGACCAAAUUGUGAUUAAAGCCAUUUAGAACUUCAGGAGAGGAGAGGACAUUUUAUCAUGGAGCAUCUUAAUGUAAAAUACUUAGUUUUUGUCAGAAUAUAUUCAGUAUCGUGAGCAUGCAUCCAUGCUCUUGAACAUGAUCAUACCGAGGAGCUGCUCAGUACAACUCAUAGGCAGGUUCCUGGAGAGGCUGAAGUGCCUUGCUCGAUGACACCACAUCAGUGUUGAGGCAGGGGAAAGGCACACACUUUCCCCAACUCUGCUAUGAAACUGAACAAGAUCCUGAGAUGUGAAAUUUCUUUAAAACAUUUCAGUUACUAUCACUGUUCCUCACAUUUUGUGUUUUCCUUAUGCUCCUCACUCAAAAAGAAAGAAAACGCGACCUGACCAAUAUAAUUAUGCACUGAUGAAC